AUGCCUAUUCUUACAGAAGCAACAGAUGCGGUUCUAACAAACACUCCAAAUGCAUCAAUCUUCGAAACAGGACUCAUAGGUCAACCACCCGAUAUUCUAAAUUCUUUGAAGCGUGAUCAUGAUUUAUUAAAAUCACUUUAUCAAGAAUUUAAUGCCACAACUUCUACUUGUGAUCGAGAAAGAAUUGCUAAAGAAAUAUUGAAAGGUGUAAAUAUUCAUAGUAUGAUCGAAGAACUAAUUUUUUAUCCUGCCUUGAGAGAUUGUGGAUCGGAGAAGGGACAAGAAUAUGUCAGGACAAGUUUAAUGGAUCAUGAAACUGUUAAAUCCGCGUUGUAUGAGCUAGAUGUCCUGCUUCAAGACGAGGGGGAAUUUUUUCAACAUUCUGAUUUGGAAGAAAAUGAUGUUUUUAUAUUUUUCCGGAAGAUAUAUGAUGAUAAAAAAAUUGCAGAGCUUGGUAGAGAACUGGAUAAUAUGCGUAAAUCAGAGGAAGCAGGAGAUAAAGACGUUAUAGAAGAAAUGGUUGAGUAG